AUGGAUUCCAGAAAUCAAAGUAGCCAGUAUUCUGGCUACGUUGGCCUUCUUACGAGUCAACAACAAUAUGUUGUUCAGGAAAACUUUCCUCCUGAAAGUUUUCCUUAUAGUGUAAACAUUGGAGGCUCAGAAAUACCUCCUUUCAUGGAGCGUGUGGUGAGAAAGAAAUGGACUCCUGCUGAUGACGAGGUUCUCAUCGGUGCCUGGCUAAACACAUCAAAGGAUGCUGUUAUUGGGAAUGAACAGAAGUCAGGCACCUUCUGGAAACGCGUAGGAGAGUACUUCGCAGGUGCUACAGAGGCUGGUGAGAAGACAGAGCAUGUCCAUUGUAAGCAAAUGUGGCACACAAUAAAUGAUCAUACCAACAAGUUAUUAGCCGCAUUUGCCGCAGCAGAGAGAGAAGUUACCAGCAGUCAGAGUGACAAUGACGUUCUAAAGGUGGCUCAUGAUAUCUUCUACCUUAAUAACGGAACCAAGCUUACCCUUGAGCAUGCGUGGUGUGUGUUGAGGUAUGAACAGAAGUGUAUAAACAUGAACCCUCCUAAAGCUGCUAUAAGGCCUGAAGGUAUAAAGGCUGCAAAAGCCCGAAGGAAUAGUAGUCAAGGAAAGGCUGUUGAGGACUAUAGGAACAUGUGGGAGCUCAAGAUGGAAGAUUUGGCAAAGAAGGAGAAACUGUCGAAGCUUGCUAUACUAGACACUCUCCUUGCUAGAAAGGAUCCACUUAGUGAGAGUGAAGAAGUUGUCAAAAAUAAACUCCUUGCUGAGUUGUUCUAA